AUUGUCUAAAACAAUUCAAUACAUCUUUGUAUAAAAUCAGCAUGAUUUUUGAUACUUUUUUGAAUCGUUUUGAGCUGCGCACUGGAUGUUUUGUGGUUACAAUAACGAACAUGAUUUUUGUCAUAUUCAGCUUGCAUGUGCCCAUGGUAGCUGACUUUGAUAUGUCCAAUUGGAUUGCAAUCUUGGCGGCCAUCGAAAGGCUCUUCGAAUUCUUUUCGUUUCUCUUUGUGAGUUACGGUUUGUAUCAACGAAGUCGUCAGAUGCUGUUAAUUUGGCAAAUUCUUAUACCGCUUAGUUUUAUUUUCAAUGUUGGAUAUUAUUUCUAUCUAAGCGCUGUGCUGAACAGUCUAAAAUGGUUGAUUCUCUUGGUGUUAUCCUUGUAUCUCAUAACGUAUUCGCUAAUGCUGAUCAAUUCGUAUUACGAUGAGCUGGGCUACGUGGAGGAUUAUAUGAGAGAUUUGGAGUAUAUACAAUCCCGGAACUUGCAGAAAAAUCCGCAUAGCUAUAAUCCAUCGAUGAAAUCUGAAGAUCGAGUUGUAAAAAUCACUAGACACACUGCAACCUAUUGCAAAGCAACAGUAGCAACAGGCAAUGGCCAGAGGGCUGCGCUGUUGCUCUGUUGCAGGUAAUCGGAUAUGCCACAAAAGGCGAAAGUCUCUCGGCGCAUACCAUUUUUUUCCACCAUUAGUUUAUUA